CGCGGUAUCAAUAUGCAAAACGCCAUGGGAUUUAAUCUUCACAUCACGAGAAGCAGUUUCAUUAGGAUAAAGGGGAUUAGAAUCACUGCCCCGGCAAAGAGCCCCAACACCGAUGGAAUCCACAUCAGCAGAUCCAAUAAUUGUAAGAUUGUCAAUACCUUCAUCGGCACCGGUGACGACUGCAUUUCUCUUGGCCAAGGAGUUGUCGACCUUUCUGUCUUUAAAGUCAUUUGUGGCCCUGGCCAUGGCAUUAGUGUUGGUAGCCUUGGAAAGUAUAAACAAGAGGAGGAUGUAAGAGGAUUUACAGUGACGAAUUGCACGUUGAUGGGAACCACAAACGGCUUGAGAAUAAAAACAUGGCCCGGGUCAGAUCCGAGCAAGGCCUCAAACAUUGUUUUCAAAAACAUCCUAAUGAGAAACGUUGAAAAUCCCAUCAUUAUCGAUCAGAGCUAUGGAGAUGGCGAUCCCCCGUCAAGAGUGCAAAUCAGCGACAUUGUAUUCGAAAACAUCAUAGGAACAACAACGACGCCGGUGGCGGUUAACCUAAUGUGCAGCAAGAGGGUUCCAUGUUAUAAUGUGCAAUUAAAUAACGUCCAAUUAAGGACAACAAAUGGGAAAGCGAUCUCCUCGUUUUGCUCGGACGCGAAAGUGGGCUACGGAGGCAUGCAAUCCCCACAUCCUUGUUGA